UGCCACCUCUUAGCAAAAGCGAGCCACUUACCAAAGCUACUCUGUCUGCCCCACCACCUUGUCGCCAUGGGCAACUGCCUGAACAAGGCGUCUACGCAGCAGCAGCGCGAGAUGCGGCGGCGGCACGGCCACGGCGAGCGGGUGGCGCCGGAGGAGAGGGAGGAGCAGGAGGAGCUCAGGAGCAUCGGCCAGGUGCUGCUGCAGGAGGAAGACGAGGAGGAGGAGGAGGAGGAGGUCCCGGCGUCCGCGUCGCCGGCGGCCGGGAUGAAGGUGAAAGUGGUCCUGACGAGGGCGGAGCUGGAGUGGCUCAUGGCGCAGCUCAAGAGCGGCGAGCAGCGCCUCGAGGACGUGCUCCGCCAGAUGGGCAACGCCCGGGCCGACGACGACAAGCCGCCGCGCGCCGACGCCUGGCGCCCGCGCCUCGAGUGCAUCCUCGAGUGCCCCGAGGCCGCCGACGCCACCUAGCUGACAACCUACACGCCGUCUGCUCUCGAUCUCUCCUCCCCGGCCACCGUGAUCAGAGCUUGGUCUCCUCCAUGCAUGGGCUACUAGCUUUCUUGCUCAGAUCCGUCCGUGUGCAUCGUGUGAUCCAUGGAGAGGCUUCUUGUUUUUCUGUUUCUCUCCAAAGGAUGGAUCCAUGGAGUGGUGCUUGAGUUAGGAUGAACACCAACUGUACUAUGUAGUAGCCUGUUAGAGCAGUAGUAGCUUGAUUUCUCACUGGUGAUGUACUCGUAUCUGGGUUUUGCUCCGUCCGCUUGUUUUGGUUUUUCCUUUCUGGUGUUGUUUGUAAAUAGUGUGGCCUCAGAUCAAAUGGCAACGUACCGUCUGCUGCAGUUUUGAACCGGA